CAUCCAUCAAUGUCUAAUCAAAUCAUUAUCAACCCCUCGUCACCCUCCCCAUCAUCGACUACCUAUCCAUGGCUAACAGCACGCCCAUCAAGACGGACGGCUCCGGAACAUCUGAUGGAUUCAUGGAUGGCGACACUAUGAGCAAGAGUGGCUUCAGCUCCAGCACCAUUUGCAUUAUCCUCCUCAUCAUCGCCACCCUUUCCAUUGCUUCCUACUUCAGCAUCCGAGCUUGCUCAUCCCCAUCCCGCCCGCCUCGAGAGCUCGGGCCCACUCGUCAUCAGCCGCCCAAAGCUGAUAAUGAAGUGGGCCUCGAUGACGCCAUUCUCUUGAACUACCCAACGCUACUUUACUCGCACGCCAAGAUCCACAAAAAGGACACCAUAUCCUCUUGCUGCUCCAUCUGCAUCGCAGAAUACAAGGACACGGACAUGCUGCGGCUGUUGCCUGACUGCAAACACCUUUUCCAUGUUAAGUGCGUGGACGCCUGGCUGCAGCUGCACCCAACAUGCCCUCUUUGCCGCAUGUCGCCUUUGCCGACCCCUCUUGCAGAGGUUGUACCGUUGGCAAGCGUGGUUUGAAGAGGGGAUCUGCUUCUUCUGUUUUUUUUUUUUUU